AUGGAUACAGAUAAUACGUUAAUAGAAACUACAACUACUUCUGAAAUAAAAGUUACAACAGAUGGUGGUGAUUAUCAAACCGCUGCUCACAGUACAGGUUAUCAAACCGCUGCUCAUAGCACUGGUGCUCAAACUAAACCAAAGGAAACCACACCCAAUAGUGAUUACCAAACAGCUGCUCAUAGUACUGGUUACCAAACAGCAGCCCACAGUACUGGUUAUCAAACAGCAGCCCAUAGCACUGGUGUUCAAACUAAACCAAAGGAAACCAUAACCAAUAGUGAUUAUCAAUCAUGUGGCCACAGUACUGGUUAUCAAACCGCAGCCCACAGUACUGGUGCUCAAACUAAACCAAAGGAAACCACACCCAAUAGUGAUUACCAAUCAUGUGGCCACAGUACUGGCUAUCAAACAGCAGCCCAUAGUACAGGUUAUCAAACAGCAGCCCACAGCACUGGUGUUCAAACUGAACCAAAGGAAACCACACCCAAUAGUGAUUACCAAUCAUGUGGCCACAGUACUGGUUAUCAAACAGCAGCCCAUAGUACAGGUUAUCAAACAGCAGCCCACAGCACUGCAGCCCAUAGUACUGGUUAUCAAACAGCAGCCCACAGCACUGGUGUUCAAACUAAACCAAAGGAAACCACACCCAAUAGUGAUUAUCAAUCAUGUGGCCACAGUACUGGUUAUCAAACAGCAGCCCACAGCACUGGUGUCCAAACUGAGCCAAAGGAAACCACACCCAAUAGUGAUUACCAAUCAUGUGGCCACAGUACUGGUUAUCAAACAGCAGCCCAUAGUACAGGUUAUCAAACAGCAGCCCACAGUACAGGUUAUCAAACAGCAGCCCACAGCACUGGUGUUCAAACUGAACCAAAGGAAACCACACCCAAUAGUGAUUACCAAUCAUGUGGCCACAGUACUGGUUAUCAAACAGCAGCCCACAGCACUGGUGUCCAAACUAAACCAAAGGAAACCACACCCAAUAGUGAUUACCAAUCAUGUGGCCACAGUACUGGUUAUCAAACCGCAGCCCACAGUACUGGUUAUCAAACAGCAGCCCAUAGCACUGGUUAUCAAACAGCAGCCCAUAGCACUGGUGUCCAAACUGAGCCAAAGGAAACCACACCCAAUAGUGAUUACCAAUCAUGUGGCCACAGUACUGGUUAUCAAACCGCAGCCCACAGUACUGGUUAUCAAACAGCAGCCCACAGCACUGGUGUUCAAACUAAACCAAAGGAAACCAUAACCAAUAGUGAUUAUCAAUCAUGUGGCCACAGUACAGGUUAUCAAACCGCAGCCCACAGCACUGGUGUUCAAACUGAACCAAAGGAAACCACACCCAAUAGUGAUUACCAAUCAUGUGGCCACAGUACUGGUUAUCAAACAGCAGCCCACAGUACUGGUUAUCAAACAGCAGCCCACAGCACAGGUUAUCAAACAGCAGCCCAUAGCACUGGUGUCCAAACUGAGCCAAAGGAAACCAUAACCAAUAGUGAUUAUCAAUCAUGUGGCCACAGUACUGGUUAUCAAACCGCAGCCCAUAGCACUGGUGUUCAAACUGAACCAAAGGAAACCAUAACCAAUGGUGAUUACCAAACAGCUGCUCAUAGUACUGGUUAUCAAACCGCUGCUCAUAGCACUGGUGCUCAAAUUGAUAAUGAAACUUCAACCAAAAGUGUUUAA